AUGGCUCUGAGCCUGAAGACGGAACGAUUCAAGGUUGACGUGCCUUCUCACGAAAUCAAGCGCCUCAAAGAGAAGGUCCGAAACACACGCCUACCAUCCAACCCGAUUGUUCCUGAAGCAGGAGAGGACUAUGGCCCUCCGAUUGAAUGGUUCCAGCGUUUGCACCAGACUUGGACUGUGGACUUCGACUGGGAAUCUGUACAACAACAUCUGAAUCGCCAUGAGCAUUUCCUGGGGAACAUAAAGGAUGAAGAGCAUAAUUUGAAGCUGCACUUCGUCCAUGUUCGCUCGUCCAGGCCGAACGCUAUACCCCUCUUACUCGUUCACGGGUGGCCAGGCUCAUUCUACGAAUUUGACAGAGUUAUUGAUCUUCUGAGUGAACCAAAAGAUGCCAAUGUACAAGCUUUUCACGUUGUGGUUCCGAGUCUGCCGGGAUUUUGCUGGUCUUCCGCACCGCCACGUCGUGGCUGGACACUAAAAGACAAUGCACGAGUUUUCAACAACCUGAUGCUCGGUCUUGGGUACUUGAGCUAUGGUGUACAGGCGGGCGACUGGGGCUCAUUUGUAGCCAGAGAACUGGGUGCUCAGUACCCGGCUUGUAAGGCUGUACAUCUGAACUUUUGCCCUGUACCUCUUCACACUCCAGAUAACGAGUUGAGCCCGCGUGAGAAAUUGGUGAAGAAGCGCUACGAUGAUUGGUUGGAUGAUCACUUGGGCUAUGCUGUCUGUAUGCGAACGAGGCCUCAUACCAUCGGCGUCGCGCUCAUCGAUAAUCCAGUAGGAAUCAUGAGCUGGGUGGGAGAGAAGUACUACGAAGCUGCAGCUCCCCAGAAGGCGACUGAUCCCGAAUGGGACCAGGCGAUACUUAUCCAAAGCUCUCUGUACUACUUCACGGACUGCAUCAUGACCUCUAUGCUACCUUACUAUGAGAACGUCAAGCACGCCGAGUUCGGGUCUUAUUUCACUAGACCUGAGAACAGGAUCGACGUUCCCUUCGCUUACUCCUCGUUCCUCUACGAUACUCGCCCGGGAACGGAAAGAACAGUCAAAGAAACGGGCAAUAUGGUUCAGUAUAGAGGUACGUGA